AUGAAAUUAAUCAUAGCUGGUAUUGGAAUUACAAUAAUAAUUACAAUUGUUAUUCUUGCUCUUGCAAUAGCUACAUUGGUCAAAGUUAACAAUCAAACAAAUGAUAGACCAUAUGUUGAUACAAGUAGCACAACAACAACAACAACCACCAUGACAACCCCAGGUAAUUUGGUUUUGGCUGAAUCAAUUCGUAUUGAUGAUGUCAUGAACUAUCUCAAAGAAUUACAACGUAUAGCUACUGCUAACAAUGGAAAUCGAGCUGUUACUACAACUGGCUUUAAUGAAACACUUCGUUACAUUAUAAAUACUCUUGCCAUCAAUACUAACUAUAAGGUAUCUACACAAUUCUUUCCUAUACGACAAUUUGCUCUUGAUGGCAUUCCAACCUUAAUUUCAUCAAUAAAUGGUGUCAGUAAAAAUUACAUAUAUUCAACUAAUCUUGCAGCUGCUGACUUUUAUCAUAUUCAAUUUUCGAUAGGAGCAAAUUUUUCUAAUUUUAUGCCACUUACUGCUAUUCCUAAUGUUGGUUGUUCAGAUGCUGACUGGCGAAAUGCUAAUCCAUCACCAGGUGGAAGAGUAGCAUUAGUCAAAAGAGGAAUUUGUGCAUUUGAAGAAAAGGGUGCGUUGGCUGCUAAAUAUAAUGUGUCUGCUCUUUUGAUCUACAAUGAUGGUGCAACACCUGAUCGUGUACCACCUAUUGCUGUUGGUCUUGGUCAAGAAAACUAUUUGCCUGCUCUAUUUCUCUCAUCGAGUGUUGGUCAAGAACUUGUUAAUGCAGCUCAAAAUACAUCAACCAAUGCAGGUGUUCGAAUUAUUAUUCAAGUAAAAGAUUUACCCAUAUCACCUAUAGGAAAUAUCUGUGCUGAUACACCGACAGGUGAUAUUACUCAGACUAUUGUUGUUGGUAGUCAUAGUGACAGUGUACCUGCUGGUCCAGGCAUAAAUGAUAACGGUAGUGGUAGUACAGCUAAUCUUGGUUUAGCUAUUGCACUUGCUCGUCUUUUCAAUAAUUCUAAUUAUGCAAAAUAUAAAUAUCGUGUUCGAUUUUGUUGGUGGGGUGCUGAAGAAAUUGGUCUUCUUGGUGCUGAUUAUCAUGUCAAACAAGCUAAAAUUUCAAAUGUUAUCGGUGAACGUUUGACUGAUUAUUUGAUCAAUCUUAAUUAUGAUAUGCUUGGUUCACCGAAUUAUAUCUUUGGAAUUUAUGAUGGACGAACAGCAAAUAAUGAUACACCAGUUCAUGCUCUUCCAGGUAGUAAUAAAAUUACAGCUGUAUAUCGUGAAUGGUUCGAUCAACAGAAGUUACCUUCGACUUAUACUGAUUUUAGUGGUCGAAGUGAUUAUGGUCCAUUUUUAGCUGAAGGAAUUGUUGCUGGAGGACUAUUCUCUGGAGGAGACGAUGUAAAAUCAGCAGAAGAACGUAAUUAUUAUGAUCAAAUGCUUGGUCAAGGAUUGGGUGGUAUUGCCGGUGCUAUUCAUGAUCCAUGUUAUCAUCAAGCUUGUGAUUCAAUUCAAAAUAUAAAUGUAUUUGUAUAUGAAAAGAUGGUACAAGCAGCUGCUUAUGUUUUAGAAUAUUUAGCUCGACAAGAUGAUUUGAAACAAUGGCUUUAUCCAGAAGGUAGACCAUUG